GUUAAUUUGUGUAUCAAAGGAAGGAAAUACACGAUGUUGUCGUCAAGCCAAUGAGGAAACGUGAUAGAGGAAAUAAAACAACACUUCCUUGAUCACUCGGCAAAUCUCGGCUGUAUGACGGUGAAAAAUUACCAAUACCAUGAGCAGUUAUUAAAUUGAAGACAAUGCUAUGUUUGGAUCAUUUGUUUUUUGACGUAAAAAUUAUUGUGAAACGUUUGUUGAGGACUUUUUACAUAUAUCCAAAACCUUUAUCGUCUUCUCUUGAAAUACCAACAUUUCACACAGAAACACCUAAGGUGAUUAAGAAUCGACGAUCUGCGCGUUCUAAAAAAUUAAAACAAAUAAAAUCUAUCAAUAAUAAUAAACGGAAUUUCCUGAAUGACCCGGAAUUAAAUAUAUAUAUAGUGUGUCAACUUGUAUUGACUCUAUUUUUAUUAUUGUUAAUAACAUCGGAUGUCAUAGGAAUAAUUAUAUACAUUCAACGAACCAGACUAAUACAUUACCAAAACCAUGUGUGUUACAAGGGCAUACCAAUCCCUUUCCGUGGAAACGUUAAACCAAGCCUUACAUAGAGAUGUUCAACCAACAUCAGAUUGUAUGAAAUAUGAAUGGAUGAGACUAGGAUCGUUCAAAUCAUUUCCUAGACAAUCUGAAGGAAGACCAAUAAAAUUAGCUAAAGCUGGAUUUGUUUUUACUAGUACCAGAGAAGGAGAUGAUACUGUCACGUGUUUUACUUGUGGUGUUACUAAAAAUAACUGGUUGAAAUAUGAAGACCCACUCCAAGUUCACAAAGAUCUAAAUCCAAGAUGCCAUUUUAUAAAUGAUACAUCUGAAAACUUCCCGAUUUUAAUACCUGGACCAAUCGUAUAUGAUAAAAUAUUGAAGACCUUGCACGACAGUUAUAUUGGCGGAAACACCGAGGCACGUGGAGUUAACUCUGGACAUGACAGCAAUACACUGAGACACAGCAUCGUUGAACGAAAUAGACAGCAGAUAACACCAAUCAAUAACUCCGAGAUUAACGACUACAGACGCGGGAAUGAACACCAACAUACCUUGUUGGUACAAAUUCAACCUGAAGAUAGGUUAGAAUCAGAUCUUAGAAGUAGAAUGUUACCAAAUGAAUCCAUGAGUUCUGCUAGUGUUGUAUUAACAGGUGAUUCUACCCGGCAAACUAUGGUUGUAGAAGAAGCAAGACUUAGAACAUUUGGAAACUGGCCAAGAUAUUUAGCUGUUAGACCUGCUGAACUAGCACGGGCGGGGUUUUACUAUCUUGGUUCCGCUGAUCGAGUACAAUGUGCCUUCUGUAGAGGUAUUUUAAGAGAUUGGGAAGAAGCAGAAAAUCCAGUAGCUGAACACUGGAGAUAUUUUUCUAGUUGUGAAUUCUUGAGAGGAACGGACCGAUCUAAUGUUCCUAUUAUACCAAAUGAUAGUUAUAUACAUGAUUAUGUAUCAACUCAUCCUCUGAGUUCUGCUGAUGAAGAUGUUAGAACGGCCACUAUUUUGAAAACCUCCAAUUUAAAUUUGCUACCAAGCAAUACUCCAGCUACAAUAGAAGAUCUAGGUAUUAUAACUGAGAUGGCUUCAUUUCCAAAUCAGGCCAUAUUGGCUACUCGGGUAGCAACAUUUGCUAAUUGGCCUAGACGAUCACCAAUACCAAGCAAAGAGCAGAUUGCUGAAGCAGGAUUUUAUUAUCUUGGUAGAGAAGAUGCUGUACAAUGUUUUUUCUGCGCUGGUGUUUUAAAAUCCUGGAAAGAUGACGACAUCCCAUGGAAAGAACAUGCAAAAUGGUUUCCUAAAUGUCCAUAUUUACUGAGAAUCAAAGGUGAAGAUUUCGUUCAUUCAAUACGCAACCCGGAUUCCGGUACAGCUCGGAUUGUUUUAAAUAAUGGUGCCACGGGUAACGACGAUGUUAGUUUGAUGAGUAUAGAUGAGUUAUUGAAGUUAUCUAUGGUGCAAGAUGUAUUAAAGUUGUCCAUUGAUAAAAACACCGUUAUUAAAGUUUUAGAAAACAAGAAACAACAAUUGGGAGGAUUUUUUAAAUCAAGUGAGGAGAUAGUGAAUGCUGUCUUGGAUUUAGACAAUUCACGGAAAGGAGUAAAACCAGGGCGAAUUGUUGGUGAUGCAGACACUACUAAUAUUCCUCGUCAACAACAUGUGAAAUCUAACGUCAAUAGAACGAACGAUGAACCAGUUUAUGCACCAUCAACAGUAACAGGAACAACAUCAGCAACAACAACAGAAACACCAGGAACAACAUCAACACCAGCAACAUCAGCAACAACAACAGCAACACCAGCAACAACAUCAGCAACAGCAACAACAGCAACAGAAAAAGAAGAAUCCUCGAAGUUGUGGAGGGAAAAUGAAGAAUUAAAAGAGCGGCGAAUAUGUAAAAUCUGUAUGGAUGCUGAAUCUAAUAUUGUCCUCCUUCCAUGUGGCCAUCUUGUUGCGUGUGAGUUGUGUGCCCCUGUUUUAACAAAAUGUCCCAUGUGUCGGAAAAAUGUUAAAGGAAGGGUUAAGACAUAUUUAUCAUAAAAAUAUAAGAAUAAAAUAUUGAUUAUAAACAUUAUCUAAGUUGAAAUAAAACCAAACCCGUAUAAUUAUAUUUAACAAUAUCUCAACUUCUGAACCAUUUACAACAACAUACAAUCUGAGGGUCCAGAAAUACAAUGAAACCAAAUAAACAAAUCUUCUCAUAUAAGUUAAUAAUAAUAAUAAUAAUAAUAGUUUAUUCGUACUCAUGGUACACAUAGGUUAUACAUAUAUAAUAAUUAAUCAAUAUACAAAUAAUUAUAUCACUUUGAUUAUGAAGUACACAGAAAGUUGAUAAUUUGAUUCAGGGUUAGUGCUUCAUUUGGAUUAGAGUCCCUGAAAGAGAUAUAUUCUCUAAUUGUAAGCCCUGUUCUUACAUCAUCAUCACUAUAAUAAUUACGAUCUAGGUCAUUUAGUCUAUUUAAAACAGAAGAAAUUCCUACAUUUAGGACAUCAUGUUUAUUAAAGUUAUACUUUUUACAAAUAAAAUUAAUAUUAUUGCACAUAGAAGACUGGUUUCCAUUUAAAGCGAUCUUGCUGCACAUACUUAAACAUUCAUUGUUGCUUGACAUUGUACUAAAAUAAAACGUAGUAAAUCUUUUAUACAAUUGGGUUUUUAUGUUCAAAUCGUCACAAAUUAUGCUUAAUAAGUUGCUAUGUGCGCGUGGUGAUAUACCAAGAAGCCUCCUAACACUUUUUCGCCAGACACAAUAAAAUCUAUCAAUAUUUUUAUGGUUCAAAUCCCAUAAUUGGCAGCCAUACAGAGGCAUACAAUAAGUCUUAAAUAAUUUAUAUUUUGUGCUAGAUGAUGCAUAUACAGAAUUUUUAAUAGUGACAUUAACCUUCACGAGAAAACUAUUAAUACCAUGAAAUAUGUUUUGUCUUUGUGAGGAGGAGUUAAGAGUGUUACCUAAAUGUUUCUCUGAUUCGACAACUUCUAUCUUUUUAUCAUCAAUACAUAUGUCUUUAAAUUGAUUAAUAAAUGUUCUGCUAUGUGAAAAGAAAAUAAGUUUAGUUUUCUCAGGAUUGAACUUAAGAUCAUACUCUUCUGAAUAUCGUUUAGCAAUAUUAAGUAGGCCAAUCAGAGCUUGUCUGCUGGAUGUCACGAAUGUGAGAUCAUCAGCGUAAGCCAAUGCUCCUACAUAAACGUGAGCAAUAUGGCAGCCAAGGCCACUGGUCCUACAGCGAUUCAGCAGUUCGUCAAGAUAAACUGUAAAUAAGAUUGGAGACAAAACCCCACCC